CUUACCUUUCCUGACUGCGCCUUCAUUUCUCCCUCCCUCUCCGGUCUCCUCGCCUCUUCUUCCCUGUUUCUUCCCGUUAAUCUCGAUUGAUUAUUCCUCUUCCCGAUUACUUACUGUCAGAUCAGAUCUCUCUUUUGUCAAACUAUGAAGCGUCCAGAUUUCGGAUAAUUAGGAGGAAAUGGAAAGCUACCUUAACGACAACUUCGGGGAUGUGAAGGCGAAGAACUCGUCGGAGGAGGCUCUAAGGCGAUGGCGGAAGCUCUGCAGCGUCGUCAAGAACCCCAAGCGCCGGUUUCGCUUUACUGCAAACCUGUCGAAGCGCUCCGAGGUCGAGGCCAUGAAGAAAACCAACCAGGGCUAUUCACCCCCUUUAGCCUGCACUACCUGGACCUACAAGUGGUAUCAGAGCCAGACCGCUUUAGAAGGACUAACCGCUUGCUAAAGUAAGGAGACGAUGGUCGAACUAAGCAUCUACUUGCUAAAGUUCGAGAGGAAGUUUGCACUUUGGAAGCGCCGGAUGUAGGAGAAAUUGCGCAUUGCUGUUUUGGUUUCAAAAGCUGCACUUCAAUUUAUACAGGGAAUCACAAUACGUAGUGGAUAUGUUGUACCCGAAGAAGUCAAAGCAGCUGGCUUUCAGAUUUGUGCCAAUGAGUUAGGAUCUAUUGUCGAAAGUCAUGAUGUCAAGAAGUUGAAGAUGCAUGGCGGCGUUGAUGGAAUUGCCAAUAAGCUCAGCACAUCCCUGAGCAAUGGACUUACUACUGCUAAUGAAAGGUUAAAGAGGAGGCAAGAGAUUUACGGUAUAAAUAAGUUCACUGAAAGCAUGGUUCAAAGUUUUUGGGUAUUUGUAUGGGAGGCACUUCAAGACACUACAUUGAUAAUUCUUGCCGUGUGUGCGUUUGUUUCUCUAAUUGUGGGGAUCACAAUGGAAGGAUGGCCAAAGGGUGCCCAUGAUGGUCUUGGAAUUGUUGCAAGCAUCCUGUUAGUUGUGUUUGUAACUGCUACUAGUGAUUACAGGCAGUCACUACAGUUCAAGGAUUUGGAUAAGGAGAAAAAGAAGAUUUCUAUACAAGUAACACGGGAUGGUUUCAGACAGAAAAUUUCGAUUUAUGAUCUUGUUCCUGGUGAUAUUGUACAUUUAUCUAUCGGAGAUCAAGUACCUUCUGAUGGGCUCUUUAUAUCUGGUUAUUCUUUGCUGAUUAAUGAAUCAAGUCUUACAGGUGAGAGUGAACCUGUGUGCAUUAAUGCUGAGUAUCCUUUUCUUCUAUCGGGAACUAAAGUCCAAGAUGGAUCUUGUAAAAUGCUAGUAACUGCUGUUGGCAUGAGAACCCAAUGGGGUAAGCUUCUUGCCACCCUUAGCGAAGGAGGAGAUGAUGAAACUCCUUUACAAGUCAAACUGAAUGGAGUUGCAAAUAUCAUUGGCCAAAUAGGGUUGUUUUUUGCAAUUAUCACAUUUGCUGUGCUAGCUCAAAGACUUGUUAGUCGAAAGUAUAGUGAAGGCCUGCUAUUGAGAUGGUCAGGUGAUGACGCACUGCAGAUGUUGGAGUUUUUGGCAAUUGCAGUCACUAUUAUAGUGGUGGCUGUUCCAGAAGGGCUCCCUUUAGCUGUGACUCUGACCCUUGCUUUUGCAAUGAAGAAGAUGAUGAAUGACAAGGCACUAGUCCGCCACCUUGCCGCUUGUGAGACUAUGGGCUCAGCGACUACAAUUUGCAGUGACAAAACUGGAACAUUAACGACGAACCGCAUGACUGUCGUAAAAGUCUGCAUCUGCAAGAAUGUUGUGGAAUUAAUUUCUGAUAAAGAUGUUAAUUUGAGCUCAUAUAUACCAGAUGAUGUGCGAAAAACUCUUCUCCAAUCCAUUUUCAGUAACACAGCUGGUGAGAUUGUGACUGACCAAGGUGGAAAACUAGAGAUCUUGGGGACACCUACAGAGACUGCAUUGCUGCAAUUUGGUCUAUCACUAGGUGGAGAUUUUCAAAUGUUACGGCAGGAAAGUGAUAUCGUCAAAGUAGAGCCAUUUAAUUCCACAAAGAAGAGAAUGGGGGUGGUUCUCCAACUUCCUGGGGCAUGUUACCGUGCACACUGCAAAGGUGCUUCUGAAAUCAUUUUGGCUGCUUGCACUAGCUAUUUAGAUUCUGCAGGUAAUGUGUUGCCACUCGAUGAAGCUGCAAUGGAUCAUCAUAAGCGUACCAUUGAUAGCUUUGCUAGUGAAGCCCUGCGGACUUUGUGCCUUGCCUACAAGGAACUUGGUGGUGACUUCUCUACUAAGGAGCAAAUUCCAUUUGAAGGAUACACAUGUAUUGGAAUUGUAGGAAUUAAGGAUCCUGUUCGUCCGGGUGUCAAGGAGUCAGUUGCAACCUGUAGGACUGCAGGAAUUACUGUGAGAAUGGUCACUGGUGACAACAUAAAUACAGCUAAAGCGAUUGCUAGGGAAUGUGGUAUCCUCACAGAUGAUGGUAUAGUUAUAGAAGGUCCGAAAUUCCGAGAGAAGAGUUUGGAGGAAAUGAACAAAUUGAUUCCAAAAAUUCAGGUAAUGGCCAGAUCUUCACCAUUGGAUAAGCAUACCUUAGUUAAGCAUCUUCGGAACAUGUUCAAUGAAGUCGUUGCUGUGACCGGUGAUGGCACGAACGAUGCUCCUGCACUUCAUGAGGCAGAUAUUGGACUUGCAAUGGGCAUUUCAGGAACUGAGGUAGCUAAAGAAAGUGCCGAUGUCAUAAUUCUCGAUGACAAUUUCUCGACAAUUGUGACGGUGGCAAAGUGGGGGCGUUCUAUAUAUGUCAACAUUCAAAAGUUUGUGCAAUUUCAACUCACCGUUAAUGUGGUUGCUCUCAUUGUUAAUUUCUCAUCGGCUUGUUGGUCAGGAAAUGUUCCCCUCACAGCUGUUCAACUGCUUUGGGUGAACAUGAUUAUGGAUACUUUAGGAGCAUUAGCAUUAGCAACUGAACCACCAAACGACGAUUUAAUGCAGAGAGCACCAGUCGGGAGGAGUGGUAGAUUCAUCAGCAGUACAAUGUGGAGGAAUAUCUUCGGACAAUCCAUGUACCAAUUCAUGGCAAUAUGGUAUCUCCAGACGCAAGGAAAAACAAUUUUUGGCCUUGAUGGCUCUACUUCUGAUCUCACAGUCAAUACGAUUACAUUCAACUCCUUUGUUUUCUGCCAGGUGUUCAAUGAGAUCAGCUCGCGAGAAAUGGAGAAGAUUAAUGUGUUCAAGGGCAUCUUGCAAAACUACGUCCUUUUAGGUGUUCUUAUGACCACCGUCGUCUUUCAGUUCAUCAUCAUUCAGUUUCUUGGUGACUUUGCAAACACAACACCACUGACAUUGAAACAAUGGUUUGCUACGAUUUUCAUUGGUUUAUUGGGGAUGCCCAUUGCUGCCCUCCUCAAGCUGUUUCCGACGAGGUCCAUUUAAAGAUCAUGCGCAACAGAAGAACUGAAUUCCAUGUUCUUUCAUUCUUUUCGGGCUGCUAGUUGAACGCUGAAAUGUUGAAAAGUGAAGAAAUCUAUGACACUAAUUUAUUGAUCACUCUUAGAAAAAAAAUUAAUUAUUAUUGAUGUGUUUCUAUAAUUAGAGAUUGAGAGAUAGAGACAGAGAAUAUUGAUUAGUUAUGAAGUUAGUGGGUUAGUACAUGUUUCAUAAUUAAAGUUAUAGUAUAUUAGUAUGUCAUUGUAUCAAGCUUUUACAUUAUUUGAUACUCUCUAGAUUAGUGAUCCCAUUUUAA